AUGGAACGAGCCAUCUAUUACUUGAGCAAGAAAUUCACAACAUGCCAGAUGAACUACGCGUUGCUAGAAAGGACAUAUUGUGCCUUGGCGUGGGUAGCUCAUUGUUUGAGGCAAUAUAUGUUGAGUUACACUACUUGGUUGGUGUCCAAAAUGGAUCCCAUUAAGUACAUCUUCGUAAAGCCUGCUCUUACUAGAAGAAUAGCUCGGUGGCAGCUUAUGCAUCCAGAAUUCCCUAACAAGGAUAUUAUGGCCUUGUUUGAGGAGGAGGUUGAAGAUGAAGAUAGAGAUAAGUGGGUUGUGUGGUUUGAUGGUGCGUCUAAUGCAUUGGGUCAUGGAAUUGGGGCAGUGUUGGUUUCGUCGGACAAACAAUGUUUGCCUUUCACGGCUAAGUUGUGUUUCGACUAUACAAACAAUAUGGCAGAGUACGAGGCAUGCACCCUAGGGAUCCAAACAGCAAUUAACUUUAGGGUCAAGUUGCUCAAAGUAUGCGGGGACUCGACAUUGGUAAUUCAUCAGUUAAAAAGUGAAUGGGAGGCUAGAGACCACAAGUUGGUGCCUUACCAGGCUUACAUCAAGGAAUUGAUGGAACUCUUUGAUGAUAUAUCACUUCAUCACAUUCCUAGAGAGGAAAACCAAAUGGCUGACGCUCUUGCCACUCUAUCAUCCAUGUUCAAAGUAGGCCCUCACGGAGAUUUGCCAUGCAUCGACAUCAAAUGUCGUGUUGAGCCUACACACUGUUGUUUGAUAGAAGAAGAGAAUGAUGGUAAACCUUAG